CAUGGAGUGCAACAUCUGCAUGGAGAAGAUGAAUGCUACCGAGCGACGUCCUAAGUGCAUCCCUUGUGGGCACACUGUUUGCCUGCACUGCCUAACAAGAAUCAGCUCGCAGAUAUGUCCAGAGUGUCGACAGGGCUUUGCCGGGCCGCCCAACUCCCUGCCUGACAACUAUUUUCUACUGGGCUUGAUGGAAAAGGGACAGCACAACCGCACAGAUGCCGGGUUGUGGUGCCGGGACUGCUCCAAGGUUUCUUCGGAGGACUGCGCAGACCUGGGCCACGUCUUGUGCUCUGUACGCAAGCUGCGCGCGGAGCAGGCGGCGCCCAAGCUGCAGCAACUGGAAAGCGCCGUGGCGUCUGCUUUGAAGGUGGUGCAGGCUUUGGAGGAGGCUAAGGGCUCGGCUGAGGACCAGCUGGCUGAGUGGCGGGCCCGGCUGAACGAGGCCAUGGAGGCCCAAAACGAGCUGCGGGCGGCGGCUAACGCGGGCCGCGACGUGUCUGCAGCACUGCCGCAGGGCCUCGAGAAGUGCCAACAGGCGGCUAACCUACUGGAGGCGGAGUGCCAGCUGCAGACGCAUCUUCCAAAGGAAACUGGGACAGCGUGGAACCUGCAGCCGGGGGACGGCGGGGGUCUGCUGGCCCCGCUUUUGCUGCACCUGUACCAGCACGGUGGUCUUGACCAGGACUUGCGGAGAAAGCCGGACGCGGUUGUGGAAAGAGCUACGUUUAGUCGUGAUGAGCGUCUGAAUGUUUCGAAGUUCUGUGUGAAUGAUAAGGUGCAUUCCUGGGAACUGGAGCAAGUUCUGCGGGACCCCAACCUUGACAAGGUGAGAAAUCUGGUUGGGGUGGAUUGUAGAAAGAAGCUCAACUGGUGUAAGGUGCUGUUGCAGCGUGUGGCCCCGCGCGUCGUGUGUCUGUAUGUUGCUCACGCCCUCCGUUUUCACCUUGACGUGAUAAGAAGGAUGCCGUCACUACGUUACUUGUGGGUCCACACUUUAAACUGCCGCACUGUAGCGCUGGACCUGCCGCAGCAGCUGGAGGACCUGCAUGUGGAAAACGUUGCGAACCUACAUCUCCAGUCAAUACAGCGCUUGCCUAACCUGCGGAAGCUCACGCUCAAGUGGGCGACUGAAGCGCUUAACGCAAAUAUCCCCCCUCUUCCUCCUGGGCACCGCGGACUGCAGUGGCUUCGCGUGGUUCUCGAGCCAUCGCCUACAGUGUUCUCUCUCAUUAAAACCCACGCCGCAACCCUCCAGGAGCUGCGACUCCUCACGGCGUCCGAGGGGGAGUCUAAAUGGUGUGUCAAGGACUUGGCCAACAAGCUGCAGAAGUGUGAGCUGGUGGCCCUGCGGCGCCUCGUUUUGCUGAGGGAGUAUGCGCCGAACUACCCCAGCGUCAAGAUCGUCCACUCAGAGGAGUCGUGCCGAAAGCAGAAGGACACCAUCUGGGACAGCCUGCUGGCAACGGACGCGAGAAGGACAGUAAGAGUGGUGGAAGUUCUGUGCGAAGUGUGUGACAAGUGCCCCGCCUUUCCCGCCCUAGGUGACUUCACCUGGCAAGAUGUUUAAGUUAUUGUUACGGUCUUUUCCCGCCCUUGGUAACUUCACCUGGCAAGAUGUUUAAGUUACUGUCAAAGUGCAGGUUUUUAACCAUGCAUUCUCAGCGUACUUACUGUUACGUGAUCUGUAACCUCAGCAUUUAAAACAUUCACUUGAAAAUUGUACUCUCAACCUCUAUUUUGUUUGCGUCAUUAUUGUACUUCGUUAGUAAGUAAACCUUGGCUCAGUGAGAAA